AUGCAUCUUCUUCUUCUCUUGAUGGAUUCUCAUGUUAGUUGUCGAACACCACCAUUAGGCUUAACAACGUCGAUUAAUUUCAAUGCCGCCGAUUCUGACUAUCGGCUUCCUUUUCAUAUCCGGUUACGAUUACGAUCGAAUACAAGCCCUACAUUGGCCACCAGGUUAGUUCACGAUGAUGACGACGACAAACUCAAAUUCGAUAGACAUUUGUUUUCAAUUUUGCUCUGUGCGGUUUCUUUGGCUGCAGCAAGGUUAUUGUAUGUUCAAAUGGCUUAUGUCGGAAGCUUAUCUUACACCAUACCAAAAUUCAAGGAGGAGAAUCAUGAUAGAGAAGGGGUGAUGACAAAUGAUGAUAUUUUAGGAGACAGUAUUCCUCAAGAUCAACAAGAUGGAUUCCGACAAUUCUGUUAUCAAGCCCUAAAAUUAUCUGCAGGGGCUAGAGGGAACCAUCAGUUUCCAGGCUCACAUCAAGUUUCUCUAGAUAGAUUCCUCAAGUUUGAUUCUUGCUGCUGCAUAAUAGCAACUGGCUUUAAUGGGAUUACAUUUAUGCUCAUCAGGUAG